UAAAUCAGCAGGCGCAACAAAAACAAUAACAAUGAAAAACUGAUUUAAGUGCUGCAAUCGUACGCUUCCACUUUAGUAUCCCAGCGCUAAGCGCGCGCUGCACAACGGUAACGCGCCUCGAAAAACCAAAGCAACGCAUCUACUUUCACACAUUCAAUUAUUUCCUUUUCCGCCAACGCAAUGGAACGCUGGGUGGACAAAGUGGCAGUGGUCACAGGUGCUAGCUCUGGCAUUGGCUGGGCCAUCGCGCAGGACUUACUCAAAUCGGGCAUGAUAGUGAUUGGAUUCGCGCGCCGCCUGCAACAAAUGGAGGAGCUUAAGGAGGAGUUGGAUGCUUCCAUACGUGAACGUUUCUAUCCACGCUCCUGUGACUUGACUGUGUUGCCCUCGGUGAAGAGCAAUUUCCAUUGGAUUGAGCAACGUUUCCAUCGCCUGCAUGUGCUCAUCAACAACGCUGGCAUGGUGGAGAUGACCAAAGUGCUGGAGGAGGGCAAUGAGGCCACGCUAAAACAAGUGAUCGAUGUCAACUUAAUGGGCACAGUGAAUUGCACAAAGCAGGGUUAUAGGCUGAUGCAGGCCACCAUGGCACAGGGCGAAGCGUGUCACAUAGUGACUGUAAACAGUCUAUUGGGUCACACUGUGCCACUACACAUACCAGAGUGUGGCUUAAAUUUGUAUCCGGUGGCGAAACACGCGCUAUGUACACUGCAUGAGGUUUUGCGGCGAGAGCUCUUUCCGCACAAGCUGAUCCGUUUGUCGUCCAUUAGUCCUGGCUUGACGCGCACGGAUUUUGGUGGCGCGCCAUCCGAUGAUGAGAAAAAGAAGUGGGAGGAGUUAAUUGAACCGGACGAAAUUUUGCUGCCCGAGGAUGUGGCGCGCGGCGUUAAUUUUAUCCUCUCUUCGCCGCCGCAUGUGACUAUAGCUGAUUUAUUGAUGGUGCCGGCGCGCGAGAAGUAUUGAAUGUCGCACUUUAAUGGCGGCAAAUACUUUUUAAAAUGCAUAAAUUUUAAGUCUAUACUAAAUUAACUAAAAAACAAAAGGGAGAAAAAAUAAAAAUCAAAAUAUUUGCAAAUUUAUUAA